UUUGCCUCUCUCCGCUUUCUCACACGGAAAGAAACCCGGCUCAGAAUCGGAGCCACAGAACCUUAAGAAGAGCUUAAAAGGAGUUUGACCUGGAGAUUAAUGGAAAUUUGGGAUUUGGGAUUUCUUUAGUUUGUCAUUUUUCUCAAGUUUCAUAUCAGUUUGGAGAUUUGACUUUUCAGUUGCACGAAGCAUGAACUUUUUCGCGAGCUUGCUAACACAUGGACAAAGCUGCAUUAUGCAAGCCUUGCAGACUUGGUGAUCCCGAAAGAAAUGACACCCUUAUUUGGUUGAAAAACAAGGAAGGAAGACCAGAAUGGUUCUAUUCCCACUCCUCUAUACUCACAGAUAAGAGCAAGUACUUUGCUGAUCAGCUCUCCCAUCUGAUCUCUAGUAAUCUCAUUGAGAUUCAAUGUUCAGAAUUCGAUUAUGAUCACCAUGUCAAACUUCUAAGACUGCUAUAUCUCCCUGCACACUCAAUUCUAGAGUCGUUGAACUCGGUUAAGUCUGCUCUAGGUGUUCUUGAGUUAGCAGUUGCCUUCCAAUCUGAAGAGAUUGUGCGGUGCUGCAUCCAAUACCUGGAGGCCGUUCCUUGGGAGGACAAAGAAGAAGAACACAUUUUAAAAGUAGUUGCAAAACUUGGCCCGGUAGCCAUGCCCAUUUCAGCCAGGAUUCAACCUGUGGACUUUACCGCCACGAAAAAUGUCUUUGUCUCAGCAGUUCGCUUCGCCAUGUCCAUUAAUAGACCUUGCCCUCCAUUUGGUGAUGAGCUCAAAACUUCUGCCCAAGAACAGGUCGAAUACAUGCUUGGGGAAGAUGAGGACUUACCAUUGGUCACAGCGGACGAUGAAGUUAGAUCAUUGGUAAGAACAGGUCUUUCCAAAAUAUGCGAACUGUUUGAACAGGAAUUAUCCUCCCUGCUUUCGGAGCCUAACCUUGCGUCCGAUACAGCAGAGGCUAAAAUAUUGCAUAGUUUGUCUGAUCUUGAAUGGAUGUGUAACAUACUUCCCAAGAUGGAUUUGAUGAAAGAAUUUGUUUCCAACUGGGCUGAAAUCUCCCCUAAUGUUUUAAGCAUUGUUGAAGAUCAGAAACUUGAUUUUCUCAUGUGGGGUCUGAAAACUAAGCUAAUAGAAGUUACUGCUAAAGUCUUGGACGCAGUUGGCUACGGCAACGUGAUUCUUCCUGCGCCGUGUCGCGUGACAUUACUAAAGACAUGGCUUCCUUACAUAAGGAAAAUCAAGCCCCUUUUGGAUUCAAAAGGCAAUGAGGAGACAGGCUUUCCUCACAAGAUGGAUGAGAACCUAUGCCAAAGCAUUGAAGGGGUGAUUGUUUCGUUGAUUCUGUCGUUGCCGUCGAAUGAUCAGGCGGAUAUCUUGGCAGAUUGGAUGACGGCAGACCAAGUUCGGUAUCCCGACUUGAGUGAGGCUUUUGAGGUCUGGUGUUACAGAACCAAGUCUGCAAAGAGAAGAUUGAUGGAGGGCUUGAACAAAGUUGGCAAUGCCACUAUUAGCCUGUAAACGUUUUUGCUCUUUUGAGCUUGUUGUACCAUUGUUUCAUUAAAUGCAAAGGAUGAUAGUUUGUUUAGUUUAUUUGUUCUGAUAUAAA